UCCACUCCUUCUUCCCGUCGCGCUGCGCAGAGCCUCAGACGGUCCUCCAGCUCCGUGCAGCCCGGUGCGAAGAUGGUUGGCGGCUUGUGCGCUCGCAGGUUGGCCCGUCGGUCUCGGUCCGCCCUGAUCGCAGCCCUCACGGUGCUGCUGGUGCAGACCCUGAUCGUGUGGAACUUCAGCAGCCUCGACUCCGGAGAAGAGAGGGAAAACGGAGGCUCCAACGUCCGGGAGAAGAGGGACCGGGUCGCGGGCAACAAAGCCGUUGGCAGCGACUAUUUCCAACACGGGGUCCGGCGGCAGAAGCAGCAGCAGCAGCAUCUUCCUCCGCCUGGGAGGGGGACCUCUCGCCACAUACAGCAGCCGGAUGGAUAUUACUCUCACCGACCAAAGGAGAAAAGCAGGGUGGACAGUAACAACGAGAAUUCUGUGCCCAAAGACUUUGAAAACAUAGACAAUAGUAAUUUUGGUGCACGCUCACAGCCCCACCGGCAGUCUGUAGGGGCCACCAGCAGCAAGCAGCAGCGGGGGCAUCUGCAGGAGAAGGCCCAUGCCCAGCAGCAGGCCUGGCGGGACAACUCGCCCAGUCUGAGCCGCAGUUCAAAUGAAGUGCUGCCUGUAGGCCACCAGCUGAUUGUUGGCAACAACGCAUCCUACCUAGGUAGUCAAGGUAUCGGUGGAGAGCAGCGGCAGCACUACCGUGUCUCACAGUCCCAGCAGGCCCAGUCACAGCACAGACAUCAGCACCCGCACAGGAGGCAGGCAACUGCUGCGCCGCUGGAGGUGACCUAUGACCAGCCACCCAAGUGCGAGAUCAGUGGGAAGGAAGCCAUUUCAGCUCUCUCCAGAGCCAAGAGUAAGGAGUGUCGGCAACAGAUCGCUGAGGUGUACUGCAGACACAAAGAAGGGCAGUUAAUGCCUGAGAAGGUCACUCGCUACUGCCCCCUUGAGGGUAAAGCCAAUGCUAAUGUCCAAUGGGAUGAGGACUCUGCUGAGAGCUUUCCACCAAAACCAGUCAGAAUAGCGUUUGUGCUGGUGGUCCAUGGACGGGCUUCUCGUCAGUUUCAGCGCCUCUUCAAAGCCAUCUAUCAUACGUCCCAUUUCUACUACAUACAUGUCGAUCAGCGCUCCAAUUACCUGCACAGGCAGGUGCACACCUUGGCAGCCCUGUAUCCCAAUGUGAGAGUGACACCAUGGCGCAUGGCCACCAUAUGGGGAGGUGCCAGUCUGCUGACUAUGUACCUUCGCAGUAUGGCUGAUCUGCUGGCAAUGAGGGACUGGAGCUGGGAUUUCUUCAUCAACCUCAGUGCUGCCGAUUACCCCAUCAGGACCAAUAACCAGCUGGUGGCCUUCCUGUCCAAGUACCGAGACAUGAACUUCAUCAAGUCCCACGGCAGGGACAAUGCCAGGUUUAUCCGUAAACAGGGUCUGGAUCGGCUGUUCUACGAGUGCGAUACUCACAUGUGGCGGCUGGGUGACCGUAAAAUCCCAGAAGGCAUUUCUGUGGACGGAGGUUCUGACUGGUUUCUUCUCAACCGCAUGUUUGUGGAGUAUGUCAUCAACUCCAAGGACGACCUGGUCACCAACAUGAAGCGCUUCUACGCCUACACUCUGCUGCCUGCUGAGUCGUUCUUUCACACUGUGCUGGAAAACAGUGCCUACUGUGAGAGCAUGGUGGAUAACAACCUGCGCAUCACCAACUGGAACCGGAAACUGGGCUGCAAGUGUCAGUACAAGCACAUCGUGGACUGGUGUGGGUGUUCUCCCAAUGACUUCAAGCCGGCAGACUUUCAUCGUUUCCAGCAAACGGUGCGGCCCACCUUCUUUGCCAGGAAGUUUGAAGCCAGUGUGAACCAGGAGAUAGUGAACCAGUUGGACGCCUACCUUUUUGGACCAUUUCCCCACGGAACGCAGGGACUAAACUCAUACUGGGAAAACGUUUACGACGAGCCAGAUGGUGUGGCCAGCCUGUCGGACACGCAACUCACAUACUACCACUCCUUCUCACGACUGGGUUUGGCCCGGGCAGCUGCCUCACUGCAGGGAAACCCAAAAGAUCACAGCUGCAGGUAUUUCCCCAUGGGCCACCCAGUGUCGGUGCAUCUCUACUUCCAGGCAGACCAGUUCCAGGGCUACCUGGUAAGGCACCAUGCCACUAACCUGGCAACGAGCAAGCUGGAGACCAUGGAGACGUGGGUGGCACCCAAGAAAAACUUCAAACAAACCACGCCUCCUAGCAGCACAUUCAGCAGGUUGCAGUUUGCUGAGAUCGGUACAGAAUGGGAUGCCAAAGAACGUAUGUUCAGAAACUUCGGCGGCCUGAUGGGGCCCAUGGAUGAGACAGUGGGUAUGCAGAAGUGGAAUAAGGGGCCCAACGUCACCGUCACAGUCGUGUGGAUCGACCCCACUAAUGUCAUCGCAGCCACUUAUGACAUUCUGAUUGACGCGAGUGCUGAGUUCACCCACUACCGACCGCCUCUCAACCAGCCCCUGCGACCUGGAGUGUGGAGUGUCAGGAUCCUGCACCACUGGAGCCCUGUGGCUGAGAUGCGCUUCCUUAUUGCCCCAUUGGCUUACAACAAGCACCAGCCCAUACGACAAGAGGAUACUCUGAAGCUUCACAACGGGCCAGCAAAGAACAGCUACAUGGAGCAGAGCUUCCACGGCCUCAACCCGGUGCUCAACAUCCCCGUCAGUCUGGGCUACGUGGAGCAGGCCAAGAGGAAUGCAGCCCUGACCGGCCCCGAGCUGGAGCACUGGCUGGACAGUCUGGUAGGAGAGCUGUGGGAGGCGGCUGAUAUCUGCGCCGUGGGCCCUACCGCCUGUCCCGUCAUGCAGGCCUGCCCCAAGAACCCAUGGAGCUCCCUGAGCCCAGACCCCAAAUCUCAUCUGGGAGCACCACGGGUGGAUGGGCGCAUCAGGUAGCAGCGAGGCCUCCAGCUGGACAGGAGGUCACGACAAAGAAGAUUCACUAUUGAAUUUUAUUUAUUUAAAGUGUGUGUUGCCGGUGGGGGAGGGUAUUGUGUGCUUCCUCUGUCUCAGGAGGAGAGUGAAACAAAGGAAAACUUUUUUUUUUUUUUUUGCUUUCCUGAUGUUGGUGAGGGUGUCCGAAAAGAAAGUGAGGGAAUGAUUUUGACACCAUCCCAAGGGGUUCCUCCUUUUAGGGGAUUAUGCUGGCUUUGCUAUUUCAGUUUCUCGAUGUAUUUAUUUUUCUUCUCAUGGCUGAGUUUUACUGUGAUCAAACGUUGCAAUUUUCAGCAUUUAUUUUGUUGCUGAAUGAAUUAUGAAGUCAGCUUUUAAAGCCCUGCACAGGGCACAGUGGUCAUGUGAGUGUGGAUUGUCAACACUGGUAGCAGCAUCAGUUCUGCUGCAAAAAGGCCUUAGCUGUAUGACAUACAGUAUAUGAGGAGGUAGAGCCUGGUACUGGAUUAACUGAUGUGCCUCCUAAAGUUUAUGUCAGCAUAAACACAAACUGAUGAUAUUUGAGUGCUCAGAAACACCCAAACAGAGGGAAAUAUCAUUGUUACAUGACUGAUAUGCAUCAUGGUUAAGGCAACUUUUCCAGGGAUUUCAAGCAGAAAAUAUUCUAACACUGUUAAAGCCUGUCACUUCAAAACACAGAGUUCCUGAAAGUUCAGUGAUUCGCUUUGUAAAUCAGUGAAUAAAUCAGUAACAGCAACACAAGUUCUUUAAGUUCAGUGCCUGAUCAGAAUGUUGAACUUUUGUGGCUGGCACAUAAAUGAAGAAAAGAGAAACACAAAUACAGAGGCCUUCUCGGAAUAAUUAAAUCUGUUUGGGGGACGAUAGAAAUUUAACAUAGACAUUUUAGUGUUCUAAAUCCAUAAUAUAUUCAUUUGUGGUAUUUCAACACUCACCAUUCACAUAGUGUAGUGGUCUUUAAUGAAACCCAGAUGUUGUGACAGGCAGAGGGCGAAGACAGAAAUGUUGUCCCUUUUGGUUUUCUUACAGAUCUGCCUCAAACUUGAAACACGAUUAUCUCAAGCUGACCUUAAAAUUCUCAUCCCUGUUUUCACCUUUGUUACUUUCUUUCAAUUAUUGCAGUAAUGUUGUACAUAAUUAUACAAGAAGUCUCAAAAGUGUGUGAAUGAGGAGAAUGAGUCCAUGAGUCACUAUUUAUUUAUAAGUUUAUAUUAAUACUGAUAUUUUUAGUCAGUGACUAAAUAACUGCAGCGCUGCCUUGGCAGCAUGAUAAAUAUUUUUUUGUAAAGAAAGCCGCCUUUAUUUACAAAGGCCAACAGCCCAAACUUAUACUGUACCUUUAUAUGGCCCGCACCUGUGUGUUAGUCCGUGUUGUCCUGUCUGAAUAGAACUUAGUGUCUUGAUUUCUUACAUGGCUGUUUGCCAAGUGCAUCACAAGAGAAAGCCACCUUGACCUGUGAGGUCAAAGUUCAGCUACCUAACAACCUCACCAAAAACAGAAGGUGAACAAAAACAUUCUCCACAUAUAUCACAUUGGACAACAUCUGGAUUGAAGGAGAGGCUGUGCUUUUUAGUGUUUUAUGGUUCCUCUCAGUUUCAGAACGAUUGUGACUGGUAGUGAUUUUCAUGCUGUGACAAUAAUGUGCGAUUUCAAGUGAAUAUUAUAUUGUGUCUUGAUUGCAAAAUGAAUAAUUUAUUUGAUCGGGUUAUGGCGCCUUUUUGACUGUAUUUACAUUUGAAGUACCUUUUCUACCAUCAAGACAAUCUUUGGACAUUUCAGACAAGUUAAUCACACUGAGGAGUAGCACAGUACCACAACACAUCCUGAACAAGAGGUACGGUCACACUUUUAUUUUAUUUCUGAAAUAAUUCCCAUCUGAAGCCAAUUAGAAAUUCAGUCUGUGACUGUCAACAUUGUUUAGCCACCAUAUGAGCAGAGUGAGUGCUUCAGCAAAGGCUAAUUAAAAGACAUUACCGUUCAUUAAUGUCAAGUUCACCUUGCCUCUCUGUCAGAUGUGUUUGUUAUAGUAACUGUGAUCACUCCUUCCCAAAUCAACACUGUUUCUGGGUUUGGGUUGUAAAGGACAAUUUCGGUUUCCACUGGCUGCUUCUGCUGCCAUCUUUGAAACUUGUAGUGCCACCAUGCUCAAAUAAUUACUUCACACACAGUAACACAUUAUUACAUACAUUCAAUGAGAGUUUUAGAAAAAGGUGAAUUAAAUAAAUGUAACUCAAUGUGAAAGUCCUAUUUUGUAACAAAAUGAUUAACAAUGAUGAAAAUGUACAUAGGUAUUUUUUAAUGAAAUAUUGUUUAAAAGGUAUUGUACAUGUAAAUACAGAUGUGGUUAAAAAAAAAGACAUGAAUUAUUAAGAGGUUUUGAAGUGUCAAUAACUGGGCACAAAGAGUGAAUUGAUGGUGUUUAUUGAUCAAAGUACAUAAUCUGUUUCAGUGUUUUGGACAGCUGUGGCAGCAACCUUGUUCUCUUUGCCUCUCAGAGAAAAUUUCAUGCCAGAUUGUUGUUGUUCUUGCUGGAAUGUAUUGUUGAGCAACUGUUGCACAAAUUCCUCUGAACUAAUGUUUCCCCAUUGUUUUAUUUCAUUUUAUUUUAUUUUCUCGGGGAGGCUCUGUGUGCCUUAGCUAACUUUUAGAACCUUCUCAGUCCAUUAAAUAAAAUCCUUAUUUUUUUUCUCCGUUUUGACCUUAUGUGAAGAAUACCAUGAGUCUGUCAAGUGAUUCACUGGUACUGCAACACCAAAAAGAUGUCUGCUGUUGUAUAUAUCAUCAGGCCUUCUGUCUUUAUCAGCUUUUAUUUUUCUGCCCUUUGGGGAUUUGAUUUGUUGUACUUGACUGGCUUGUUUUACUUUUCUCUGACUGCUUUUUGGAAAUAAAAUUCUAUGAAAAACAGA